GCUUUAUAAUCCCUGACAAUGCGCUCUUGGGGGCAGUCGAAGCCGAGCUCGGUAAAAAAAAAAGAUCGUGGACGCUUUAGCUUGGAGAAUUACUCUCAGAGAUAGAUAUAUCUUGAUCCCCGGAGCAGACCCGGUCGUCAAAAGGGACCUCCUUCGUAAUCCGGCCCCGGAAUUUGUGUAGAAUCCAACAUCAACCACAACACUUUGACUCUACCAUCCAUCCAGACUGUGCCCCUUGGACCCACCAACGUCAUCACUACCACCCCUACUUCCUAUCCAACAUGGCUGCCGCCUCGGUGCACAACGAUCUCAAAAAGAUCAAGCUCACCCACCUCGCCCACGUCUACUACCGCUUCAAGGACCUGGCCCCGAUCCGGGCCUUCUACGAAGACUUUGGCUUCUACGAGGUCAAGCGCGUGGGCGACAAGACGUACUACCGCGGCUACGGCGCCGAGCCCUUUGUCAUCUGCGCCGAGCCCGCCGACGCGGACGAGUUCGGCGGCGCCGCCUUCGGCGUCGAGUCCGAGGAGGACCUGGUGCACGCGUCGCUGUCCCUGCCCGCCGAGUGCAGGGCCACAAAGGUCUACGAUCUGACCGACGCCCCCGGCGGCGGCAAGGGCGUCACCUUUUACGACCCCGUCGACGGCUUUCCCUUCCACCUGGUGUACGGCCAGGAAAAGGUCCCGCUCAUGGACCCCAGCUUCCCCGACCAGAAGAUCAACUUUCCCCUUGAGAAGACACGCGACGUCAACACGUUCCAGCGCUUCAAGAAGCGGCCAGCACCGGUGCACAAGCUGGGCCACUUUGGCAUGUGCGUGACCAACUUUGCCAAGUGCUACGAGUUCUACUCGACCCGCUUCAACCUUUUUGCCAGCGAGCUUUCCUACAACGACAAGGAAGAAGACAUCACCGUCUUCUUCAGGCUCGACAGGGGCACGGAAAAGGUCGACCACCACUGCUUCUUCUUCUUCGAGGGGCCCAAGAUGCACGUGCACCACUCGUCCUUUGAGACGCACGACUUUGACACCCAGGUCCUCGGCCACGACUGGCUGCGCGAGAAGGGCUACGAGAACUGCUGGGGCGUCGGCCGCCACAUUAUGGGCAGCCAGAUCUUUGACUACUGGUUCGACCCGGCCAAGUUCAUUAUGGAGCACUACGUCGAUGGCGACCUGCUGGACAUGUCGGAACCGACGCACCGCGGCCGCGCCGGGCCCGACACGCUGUAUGUCUGGGGCCCUGAGGUGCCCGCGACUUUCUUGGCGUAGGGGAUGGAGGGUUUUUUUCUCCAUGCUGCCUACCUCUGUUCAUGUAGCGAAUAUUAUCAAAGUUGGAUUUCGCGAC